AUGGAUGGAACAAAUAAUUCUGUGGUGUCAGAAUUUUUGCUAAUGGGGCUUUGUGACUCUGGGGAGCUGCAGGCCUUCUUGUUUUUAUUGUUUUCCAUACUUUACUUGAUCAUCCUUUUGGGCAACAUCCUGAUUAUUCUCUCUGUCAUCAGUGAUCCUAAUCUCCACUUUCCCAUGUAUUUCUUGUUGGCCAAUCUCUCUUUUGUUGACUUGUGGCUUUCCUCAGUGACAACACCAAAAAUGAUCAUGGAUUUUCUCAGAGAAAGCAAGACCAUCUCCUUUGAAGGUUGCAUGUGCCAGAUCUUCUUUGGGCAUUUUGUUGGAGGGGGCGAGAUGGUGCUGCUUGUGGUCAUGGCUUAUGACCGCUAUGUAGCCAUAUGCAAGCCACUUCACUAUACAACCAUCAUGAGCCAGCAAAGAUGCAUUUGGCUUGUAGUGAUCUCAUGGACUUUGGGGUUUGUGCAUUCAAUGAGUCAACUGGCUGUCAUCAUGGAUUUGCCCUUCUGUGGCCCUAGAGAGAUGGACAGCUUUUUUUGUGACCUCCCACUGGUGAUUGAGCUUGCAUGCGUGGAUACCUAUGUCCUAGGACUAAUGGUGAAUGCUGAUAGUGGAAUCCUUGCCUUGAUUUGCUUCUUUCUCUUGUUGAUCUCUUACACCCAUAUCCUACUCACUGUCUAUCAUCAUUCUAUGGAUGGGGCAGCUAAGGCAUUAUCCACCUGCAGUGCCCACAUUACAGUUGUAGGAAUAUUCUUUGGACCUUGCAUCUUCAUCUACCUGUGGCCACUCAACAUCACCUCAGUGGACAAGUUUCUUGCAGUGUUUUACACAGUCUUUACACCUCUGUUGAACCCUGCCAUAUAUACCUUGAGAAACAAAGAGAUGAAGGUUGCUCUGAGGAAACUGGGAAGUCAGUGUGUGAAUAUGAAGUGGAAUUCUUAG